AUGUUUAUGCUUACUGAAUCUACUCUAUAUUUUCUCAAUUUCAUCUGGGCGUCUAGAACAAAAUCUGGUCUACCUGGUCGCAUUCAAAACUGGAGGACAAAUGUUCCCCCGAAAUCAAAUUCCCAGCAAGAAUCGCUUACUACUGCCACUCAACCGCCGCCUUCAAUUUUUUCCAAUGCAUUGAAGAGGACCUCCGUCAGUUCAUAUGCACCUCCCCCUCCUAGCAGCAAAGCGGACGAUAUUGAGGACCUUGUUGGAGCUUUUGGAGAUGAGGACUUAAAUGAAACACUCGAAUGGGAGGCAGCGGCACUUAUGACAAAGAGUCAGGGUAAACAACCAGCGAUGUCUACCAUCAGUAUUGUAUCUACUAGCACUGAUCAUGACCUCGAGCCACCAUCCAGCACUCAACCCUGCUUGAAGAAGCACACCUUGAUGCCACCGCCUUCAAUGCAACCCCGAGCCAUACAUGACCUCAAACCACCAUCAAGCACUCAACCCUGCUUGAAGAACCGCGCCUUGAUGCCACCACCUUCAACACAACCCCGAGCCGUAUCCAGCACAAAGAGGAAGAAGCUUGCUGAGGUCAUUGAGUUCUCUGAGAGUGAGAUCUCUGAGUUUUUGGACACAGACAAUGACCUUAUGGAGGUUGAUGGCCCGAAUGACGAAUUUGAUGCUGAUAUCAAGCCUGAGCCAGUGGUUCAGAACAGUGCUAAGGCUACACGCACUACAACUUCUACGUCAGUGACUACCACCACUCACAAGGCUCCUGCUCCUCCUCCCUCAAAGAAGGUGAAACUCGAGAAAAAUACCAAACUUGAGGGCACCAUCAAAUCCGAGGGAACAUCGACUGUGUUGCCUGGCACCUGGGUAGAACCAGUAUCAAAGGUGUGUUCAUCAUAUUUGAACACAGACCUCCCAUCAGGCUGUCAUGAGGAUGGAAAAUGGGUUCAAGUCUUUUUACCAACAGUCUUUCUGUGGCUCAGUGCACAAGAGGAACUCUGGGUUAUUGCUGAUGCUAAGUUGCUCAUGGCGUGCAAAGAAAUUUUCAAGGUCAGUCUAUCCAGAUAUUCGCUACAACGUCACCACAGUCUGGGUCUGUCACACAACGUGUUGGCGAAUGGCAUAGCAACUUCAGGGUCUACAGCACUUGCUAUUGCAAUUGAUUUUUGUGCCUCCAAUCAAGAUUCAGCUCCAGCAGAACUCGCAGAACUCCUCCUUGUCCACUAUGGCUUCCUAUACCCUAACCCUGACAACAUUGACAAGACAGAAACAUUUCGCUCUGCAUUUGUGCAGGAACUUCUCGCAAUGGCGCAUCUGUCUCGAAUUCUAGGACAUGCUGAUGUCCCUCUUGAACGCGCUUUCUCUCUUCUUGCUGAUAAUACUGUUACUAUCGACCAUGAGGAUCACUUGGGGCUGCCGAUUACUGCACAGAGAGCUCGUCUCAAGACACCGAAGACCCUCAACACAAGGAGACAGGUCUCAGAGCAUGCAUUUUCAAUUGCCAAGUGGAAAUCCAAGACUGACACAUUUAUACGUGCGGCAGCUAAGAAGGGGGAGGCAGCAACAGAGCUCACUGUCUCAAUGGCAUGGAAGCUUCUGAAGAAACCCUGGCUUCGAUAA